CUUAAAUUAAGUUCAGUUAUCUUUUCAACAAUCGGAGAAUAUCCGAGACCGAAGGAGGGAGGAGGGGGUUAGCCCCUCAUCAAUUGAUGUCGAUUUGAUGGCCGAUUUCGCAGAGGUGUGUACGUCUACUGUAUGAAUCGACUGAUGUAUGGGUGAGGAGGGGUGGUAGCGUCUCUUGUUCCUUCCCUGUCAGGAACUGAGUAGAUUAUUUAUGCUUUGAGGUUGAUUGUAUGAGUGAUAUCAGCUUUGGUCUGAAACAUUGAAUUGUUGAAAUUCCUACCCGGGACAGAGCUACAACUCUGAGAACUCAUUCAUUUGAACCACUAAGUUACACAUCGUCCCUUUCGAACAUAGCUAUUAAUUACUUCAACCUCCCUGUUCCUACCCUUCCAAAGCCCUUACCUCCUUACUCAAACCCAAAAUGUCAGAAAAGAAACAACUCAUCCUCAACGCCUUCGCCAUGCAGGCGCCUGGCCACCUCAACCCAGGCGUAUUCCGAUACCCCAAGGACCAAGGAAGCCAAUACAACAAACUCACACACUGGAUCUCGCUCGCACAAAAACUUGAAGCGGCAAAAUUCCACGCCAUCUUCUUCGCCGACGUUCUCGGCGGAUACGACGUCUACAAGGGCCCUGCAAACCUCCAUCCAACAAUCCCCGCCGGCACUCAAUUUCCAAUCAACGACCCUCUCUACUCCAUCCCGGCCCUCGCUGCCGCCACGGAAAGUAUCUCCUUCGGUGUCACGGCGUCGACGACGUAUGACCCGCCGUACGCGCAGGCGCGGCGGUUUUCGACUGUUGAUCAUUUGAGUAAUGGGCGGGUCGGGUGGAAUAUUGUCACGUCGUACCUGGACUCGGCGGCCAGGAAUUUCGGGUUGAAUACGCAGGUUGAGCACGAUGAGCGGUAUCGGAUUGCCGAUGAGUACUUGAAUGUCACGUAUAAGCUGUGGGAAGGGUCGUGGCGGGAUGAUGCGGUGAAGAAUGAUCAGUCGGGUUAUGCGGAUCCAGACCGUGUCAGGCAGAUUGAUCACAAGGGGAAGUAUUUCAAUGUGCCUGGUCCGCAUCUCUGCGAACCGUCAGCCCAGCGCACCCCGUUCCUGCUGCAGGCUGGCACGUCGACAGCUGGCCGCGCUUUUGCAGCGAAGCAUGCCGAGGCGAUUUUCCUCAACGGCCAUGCCCCAGAGCUAGUCCGGCCGUCGGUGGACAGUAUCCGGAAACAGGCAGCUGAAAUUGGACGAGACCCAGGGGAUAUCAAGAUCAUCGCGGGGGUGUUGGUUAUCGUCGCUGAGACGGAUGAAGCGGCACAGGCCAAGUUUGAGGAAAUCAUCAAGUACGGUGACCACGAAGGGUCGCUGGCGCUGUUUGGGGGUUGGUCGGGGUAUGAUCUGGGCAAGUAUGACGAGGACCAGGAUUUCCGGUUCGUCGAAGCGCCUGCGGUGCGGAGUAUGGUGAAUCAUUGGGCAAGUACGGUGCCUGGGAAGGAAGAUAUCAAGUGGACUCGACGCACGAUAUCAGAGUAUUUGCUCGUUGGUGGGAAUGGGGCGAAAAUUAUUGGGAGUGCGAAGACGGUGGCGGAUGAGUUGGAGCGGUGGGUUGAGGUGGCUGAUGUGGAUGGGUUCAAUUUGAGUUAUGCUAGUAUACCGGAGACGUUUGAUGAUAUUAUUGAGUAUCUGGUGCCGGAGCUGAGAAGAAGAGGGCUGUUUUGGGAUGAUUAUGCUGUGAAAGGGGGGACGAUGCGGGAGAAUUUCUACGGACAAAAGGGGAAGACAAGGUUGCCAGAUGCUCAUCCAGGGGCUCAAUACUUCUGGAAGGCAGGAGAAGAGGUGCCCAAGUAUGCACAGGCUGAGUAGCCUUGUAAACAAUAUUGAGUAUCAAUUAUUUAUAGCGGCAUAGAUAAAUCUCUACCCGAAGCAAAACCAGC